AUGCUACAUCUGAAUGGCCGAGUGAUCACUCGUAGCGAAUAUUCCCGCUCCAGCACGAGUUUAUUGGAGAAUGAGAGCCACCAGGCACUUUCAGAUGAUGCGGCACUAAAAUCAAAUGAAGCCAACAUUGCGCCGAUCAGCGACGAUGAAGACAUUCAGGAAAGUGAAGAUAUCAAUGAGAAUAUUGCAGCUGAGAUAGAUCAAGUAGAGGCAUGCUAG